AUGAACUACGUUACUUUCAACCAGGACUACAGCUAUCUGGCUGUAGCGACAUCCAAAGGAUUCCGCAUCUUCACAACGGACCCUUUCGCCAAAAGCUAUGAGACGAAGGAAGGGAACAUCGCAAUCAUUGAGAUGCUAUUCUCGACGUCGCUUGUUGCUCUCAUCCUAUCACCACGCCGUCUUCAAAUCACUAACACUAAGCGCCAAUCUACAAUAUGCGAAUUAACGUUUCCGACCACCGUCCUAGCUGUGAAAUUGAACCGAAAACGGCUCGUGAUCGUUCUAGAAGACCAAAUCUACCUAUAUGACAUCCAAACUAUGAAGCUAUUAUAUGCGAUCGAAACCUCACCGAAUCCUAACGCGAUUUGCGCCCUAUCUCCGUCCUCCGAUAAUUGCUAUCUCGCAUACCCGCUUCCUCAGAAGGCUCCUACCACAUCGUUCACCCCCCCAUCCCAUGCCCCUCCUGGAACAACACAUGUUUCUCCUACGAGCGGCGAAGUCUUGAUUUUCGAUACAUUGAAACUGGAAGCCAUCAAUGUUAUCGAAGCGCACCGGUCACCACUCGCCUGUAUCACGCUUAACAGUGACGGUACUCUUAUAUCAACGGCAUCGGACAAAGGAACUAUCAUUCGAGUCUUCUCGGUUCCUGAUGGCCACAAGCUUUAUCAAUUUCGACGAGGCUCGAUACCUUCCCGGAUUUAUAGCAUGUCCUUUAACACGACAUCUACUCUCUUGUGUGUGUCUUCUUCCACGGAGACGAUACAUUUAUUUAAAUUGAGUCACCACACCCCGAAUUCGGAGGGCUCGCCGUCAUCUUCGCCACCGGGUCGCGAGAGGGCCUUCAGCCAAAGCUCCCUUGGGGAUUCUCCCGACACAGAAGACAUCACAGGAGAUACAAGCUCCUCAGAAAUACCCAGCAGGAAACACAAUGGGACUUUAAUGGGGAUGAUUCGACGGACUUCGCAAAACGUUGGCAGUUCCUUUGCUGCCAGGGUUGGGGGUUACCUUCCCAAAGGUGUCAGUGAAAUGUGGGAGCCUGCACGAGACUUUGCUUGGAUCAAACUUCCCAAAUCAAACCAAGCCCCUGGGACGAACGGGAACACUGGUCCCCUGAGGAGCGUGGUUGCAAUGAGCAGCAACAUGCCGCAGGUGAUGGUAGUGACCAGUGACGGCAAUUUCUAUGUUUUUAGCAUUGACCUCUCUAAGGGAGGCGAGGGAACCCUAACCAAACAAUACUCGGUACUAGAUACGAAUGACAGGCUAGGGUACUCUAUAACGGACUACUGA